GCAGGGCCCUCUCCUCUCACACACUGACCGCCUGAGCCCACUCCUGUACCCACACACUGAGCAGAGUCAUCAUGUCUGGAGACAAGUCGAAAUCUGCUUCCCAGACCGACGGCAAGGCCGCCCAGGGGAAGAGAUCUGAGAUGGGCAUGAACGCCUACAAGAUGUGCGUCUUCGACCAGGAGAACUUCCAGGGCCGCUGUAUGGAGAUCACCAAUGAGUGCAUGAACGUGUGUGACAUGGGCAUGGACAGGGUCCGCUCCCUGCGUGUCGACUGCGGGCCUUUCGUGGGUUAUGAGCAGAUGAACUUCUGUGGUGAGAUGUUCAUCCUGGAGAAGGGAGAGUACCCUCGCUGGGACUCCUGGAGCAACUGUCAGAAGAACGACUACCUGCUGUCCUUCAGGCCCGUCCGCAUGGACCCUGAGAAGCACAAGAUCUGCCUGUUCGAGGUUGGAGAGUUCAAGGGUCGUAAGAUGGAGAUCAUGGAUGAUGAUGUUCCCUCUCUGUUCUCCUACGGAUUCACCGAUAGGGUCGGCAGCAUCAUGGUCAGCUGCGGAAGCUGGGUGGGUUACCAGUUCCCUGGAUACCGUGGUUCCCAGUACCUCCUGGAGAAGGGUGAGUACCGGCACUUCAAUGAGUUCAGCGCCCGGCACCCCCAGUUCCAGUCUGUGAGGCGUAUCCGCGACAUGCAGUGGCACCAGCACGGCUGCUACACCUUGUCCAGCAAGUGAGGGUCCCAGAGGGCGAGAAAGAGAGUGAGUGGAGGAGAGGCGGAGGAAGGGCACAGUAGAGGAGGAGGAGGAGGAGUUAGGGG